CUGAAUUGUUUCUGCACCAAAAAAAGUGUGUCCGCGAGCGCGAGAGAGAGAGAGAGAGAGAGAGGAGACAAUGAAGGGAGCAAUAGGAGUGAGAAAAGGUGCAUGGACUGAGGAAGAGGACGUGUUGCUGAAGAAGUGCGUGGAAAAAUAUGGUGAAGGAAAUUGGCACCUAGUCCCUCACAGAGCAGGGUUGAACAGAUGCAGGAAAAGUUGCAGGUUGAGGUGGUUGAACUAUCUGAAGCCCAACAUCAAGAGAGGGGCAUUCCAAGAGGACGAGGUUGACAUGAUCAUCAGGCUUCAAAAGCUUCUUGGUAAUCGAUGGUCACUGAUUGCAGGCAGACUUCCGGGAAGAACCGCGAACGACGUGAAGAACUAUUGGAACACACGUUUGGCUAAAAGUUUCGUCUAUCACAAGCCGAAGGAGGACAGCCAGCCCGGCAAAUGCGCCACCAAAGUGAACGUCAUUAGGCCUCGACCUUGGACCUUCUCGAAGAGCUCAGCAUGGUUCAUGGGAAAAGCUACCCUAGUGGCUUCAUGUACUCCACCAGGUGAAAACCCUGGACAACCAUCUCCACUGUUGUCUCGUCAGGACAAGGAGAGCGCAUGGCGGGAAAAUCUAUUCACCGACAGCGGCCCCGACGAAGGACUCCUCACCUCAAGAAAUAGGUCAGAAGGACAGCCGGAUGCAAAUUCUUGGCCUCGGGAAUUCGCCAUGGAAGAGAGACAAAAUGGCUGGAACGAGCUCUCUUUCGAUGCUGACGUUUGGGAACUUCUUGGCAAUAGUCCUCAAGCCGUUAUCUAGCUAUGGCUUACGAGCUAUUUCUACUAGGCCAAAGUUGAGUCGCUUAUGUGCUAUGUAAUUAUCUAAAAGUGUGCUAUAACUAAACCAUUUACUAAA